UCUGGAUCAGGUGGAGUAAAUCUGCUCUCAGAUCAGUGGGCGUAGGAAGGUCCAGUGAGUCCGUGAAGGCAGCACUCGGCUGUCAGAGCUCCGAGCAGGAUCUACCCGGACUACCUCCUCCCCCCCCCAGGACCCGGUCCUGGCCCCGGUCCCGUCCGAGCACCGUCAGUCUGCAGCCGCUUCUUCUACCUGGACCAGGCGCCGGCAGGAUGCUGCUGCUGCUCUGUCUGCUUCCUCUGGUGAGCGGCAGCACCACGCUGAACGCCACGCACCGAGCGGGACACGACCACGGAGAGGAAGAUGUCGUGAUGACGAGGCCUCACAUCUACCACUGCCGCUCUCCCAACAUGGAGGACUUCACCUGCCGGUGGCGUCCACUGGACAACCUGACGGAGGGCGAGGUCGUGUCCUACGUCCUCACCUACUCCAAAGAUAAAGGCCCCCGACAGGAAUGUCCCGACUACACGAGCGCUGGUCCCAACAGCUGCCACUUCGACAGCAGCCACACGUCCAUCUGGAAGUUCUACUGCAUGAACGUCACCGCCGUCACCGCCCACGGGAACUACACCUCCCAGGAGCACUGCCUGGACGUGGCUGACAUCGUUCAGACUGAAGCUCCGGUCAACGUGACCUACACCCUGACCGACCCGGGUGGAGACGAGAUGGGCCUCAACGUGCUGCUGUCCUGGACCUACCCGGUGCCGGCCAGCCUCCAGUACGGCUGGAUCACGCUGGUGUACGAGGUCCAGUACCGACGCCUCACCGAGCCCGACAACUGGAAGGUCAAAGCCUCUCUGCGGGAGCCUCACGUGGAGCUGCUCGGCCUCCCGGUGGCCGACUACGUCAUCCGGGUCCGCUGCCGCUCGCAGAACUACGGCCUGUGGAGCGAGUGGAGCUCCACGCUGCAGAUGAGCAUCCCCCCCACCCUGCCGGCAGGGAAGCUGUUGGUUCUGAUCCUGGUGACGGGCGUCGGCGUCUUGGCUCUGCUGGUCAUCGCUUUUGGUGUAAUUCCAAAGAGCAGAAGAAUAAAAGACUACUUCCUGCCUCAGAUUCCGAAGCCGAGGAUCAUGGGUAUUGAUCCACUGCUGAUGAAGAAGGGGAACCUGGAUGAAAUCAACCGUCACCUCAGUAACUUCCACAGCUACCGCCCCCCCAGCUACACGGAGGAGGUGUGGGACCAGGUCAGCGCUGACAGCAUCUAUGUGACCACGCCCAAGGACUACAGCGUCCAGGCCCCCCUCAUGGGCGGGGACAAGGAGGCCUUGGUGACACCAGGUGACCUGACGGCCAUGGCCGCCCACCUGCAGCUCGCGGCCCGGAACCCGGCUCCCUUCCUGCAGAGCCUGUCGCCCUACUGCUCCUCGCCUCACGAGGCCUUCGCUCCAUCGCUGCCCAGGCCUGAGAUCCUGUCUCUGCCGGGGACGCACUACAGCGUGAUGGGACAGGGCGACUCCUUCCUCGCCACCGCCGGUACCACCGGCGGCUCGCCUCAGGACUUCUACACCUGCGUCCAGCUCCUGAGCGGGAGCGACGAGGUGCACCUGGUGCCGUGUCUGCCGCCGCCGUACUGCCGGGAGUUCCCGUCUCUGCAGAGCGGCUGUGGAGACGACGCUGAAACGGAGGAGAAGACGAGGAAACUCGCCGAGUACCAAGCCAGGAAGAAGUUGAUGAGCGAGCCCGAAGAUGGCGGCAAAGUCGAGAGGAGCGAGGCGUCCAUGCCUCUGCUUCCUGUGGCUGUGGACAACAGGGGCUGAUGACAGGAAGCUGAAGAGCGUCUGCAGGAUGUUCAGACCUCCAGAAACAAUUCAACAAACUGGUUUCAAACAGAACGCCGUCUCUGGUGUAAAAUCCCAAAUGUGUGUGAACUCUGUGCAGCUUCAGAUGAACAAGGACCUCUUCACCACGCCCUGCUUCUUCUCACCCGUGUUCCUCUGCCUCAGCUUCAGGGUCUUUCUCAGGAAACAGACACACUGGAGGAGAGAAGGAGCUGCUGGUUCAGGUUCCAUCCAUCGUCUGACACCGGGUCACUGACAUGAUCCAAACUACAACGUGUUCCAUCUGAAGAAGCAGAACAUCUGGUUCUCCUCCUCACACUCGGGAGGUUCCACAAACUUCUCUACGACUUCUCAUCCGUGUGUGAUCAGUUUGGUCCCAAAUUCAAUCGUGAGAAUUAGACAGUAUACUUUCUAUCGUCCCAAAUAUUAUGAAUUUAACACUAUGACAAAAAACACUUUUAUAUAUUUUCAACAUGCUGAAAGAAAAGUAGGGUUGAGUUUGAUUCAAACACCAAAGAAAGAUCCUGAAUCAUGAAGUAUUAGAGUGUAAGCAGCUCUUCCUCCAGCGUUAUCGAUCACACCCACUGAUCUCUGACUAUUUUAACACUUUAAUGUCUCGAAGAAAAUCUUAAAAUGCACCUUUAUCGAUAUUUGUGCAGUUUAUUACUAAAAGGCCCAAGUGGGAGUUGAGCCUUGUGGGAUGUGACCAGAAGGAAACGAGCUGUAAACUUCUGCCUCCUGUUGGAUUCAGAACAUUUUACUGUCCUCGUGGACGAGCUCUGAACGUUCUUUUCCUUAUUAUUAUUAUAUUAUUAUAUUAUAUUGUAAUCAUUAUUCCGAGUGUCGGACGUCCUGAUCCCAGCUACCUCACACGGAUCACGUCCCUGUUGCCAAAGCUUUGUUCUUCUCGUCUUCUGCUGUGAACUCUGGAAGUCGCCUCUCCUGAGUCCUGUUCCCACGUCAGCUGUGGAUCCGUCCCCUCAUCGUCCUCUGGGAUCUAGAAGAUGAUCGUUUCUCCUGUGAUGUUUUUACUCUCUUGAAAAGCUCGUCGGUCUUUGUCUGUAUUGUUUCUCUCGCUGCUCCUCAGGAUCACGGUGCUGAUCAGGGAUCAGUCAAAGUGACAUCGAUCCUGAUCGAGAUGAGAUCUGGAGCUCGAACUAGAAAACAAGCAGUCCUUGUUCCUCUUCCUCCCCCCCGACCCUCGUCAUUUCUGAAGUCACUGAGUCGUCUCCUCGUUGCCGCUCGAUGUCGUGCUGUAUCUAUUACUUUGCCUGGAUGUGCCUUGUUGUUCACUGAGCAGUGUUUGUUUGUUGUUCCUCGGUUGUGUUGAAGUGUGGACGGCCCGAGCGGCCAACGUGCCACUCCGACACGAGGAUCAAACACCUGAAGUACGUGCACCUUGUGUUGGGUUAAAAACUAAAUCGCCUUUUAAUGUGACACUUUCUUCUUGUUGGACUAAAGCACUUUUGGUUUCUUGUGACUGCAAUAAAAAGUGAAAAGGCAGCUGAGCGUGUGAAGGGUUCAUCAUUUCUACCAUCCAGCAGAGUGUGAACGGCUCAAGAGAGAUGAGAGAGAACUGAUCAGGGAUCAGUCCUGGGUUCUGCAGGAAACCACGUAAUCAGCUCUUCUCCUCGUUAUCAAAAGACUUUGGAGCAUAAACCAUAAACUAUCC